AUGUGCAAGUCAGGGUCAGAGUACGGUAGGACCACAGAAUCAGGCUUUGUGUCAGAUGUUCAGAUGUGCAAGUCAGGGUACGGUAUUGAUACAGUAUUCGGAUUAGAUGUGCUGGUCAGAGUACGGUAG